UUCUCAAUAUUGGUAUCCUUAUGUACAAUCCUCGGCAUCAAGUCAAAAUUCCGACCUCUGAGUUUCCAAUCUGGGAUGUGUUUCAUUCAUUCUACAACGCGUAUACGCAUAUCCUGACACUCCUAGUCCGUCAAUGUCAAUGAUCAAUAGGACAGUGCGUUGAAGUCAUUGCUUCCCAGAGGCCGUUCUCUGCUGAUCGUUGCAGUCACUAUUCGGAGGAGAAAAAAAAACUCCCUCGCUCACUCGCACCGCCAGCACCUGGAAAAUCCUGUCCGUGGGCAAUGAAUGGCAGAACCUAUCCAGUAUGCAACAUGAAGUUUCCGCCCCCAUGUCUACCCCACGCGUGAGCUCAGACAUCCGCAUAGAUGCCAUGCCAUGUUUGCCUUCUAUUCUCUAAACUUUACCGAAUCAAUGCGAUGUACGUGAGGCAUAAUUUUGACACAUACGGCCUUCGUCCCCUCACUUUACCCGAUCUAUCUCUUGCGGGGCAAGUGUCUUUGUAGUUGUUUAGUUUAUAAUACAAUGGGACAUGGCCGUCAUCUCUUUGGACACUAUCCUGAACUUUAGGAUAUCAAUUUGUCCUUUACUUUUCUUUUUUUUUUGAAUACACAGCAUGUCUGAAGUGGAUGAUAGCUUCGUCAAGCUCGGGUUUUGGAUAGACAGAAGCCGGGGCGACGUGAUGGGGCAAACAAUCACAACGACUGGAUCAACUGCCAACACCAUCAUAGCUUUACUCACCGUCUUGAUCACUAUUGCAAUGUCUCAGCUAUGGAGUCUGUUCGCUUUCCUGUACCACCAAGCACGGACGCCACCGAAGGGCGAAUCUCGCGAUGGACUAUUCUGGCAGCAACAAGCCCUUUUGAGAACGUUACCUACGCCAACAUCUUUGUUUUUCGACUCGCUCAAAGUGUGGUGGGCAUGGCGCCGCAUAUCAAAGAGGGCAUUUAUACGUUCUAUGAUGCCUAUAUUCAUGGCCUUACUCUUUGCUGUGGGAGCAGUUACCAGCAGCAUCUUCUCAACCUAUGUCAUCUCAACCUCGGAUUUACGUGUUGCGAUCAAUAGUCCGCACUGUGGACUACUCAAUUACUCAAGUGUCGUCGAACGCGGUGGGGUUAAUACACCUGAGUCGUCUUUCAUGCCCCUACUGAAAUCGUAUGUGAAAGACUGCUACCAAGCCCAUGGGCACCUGCCUGCACGGUGUCGAGACGCUUUCGUGGAACCAAACAUCACGUUCUCGAUAAGCCCGGCAGAUUGUCCGUGGGAACAAAAUACCACGUGUCUAGCCCGUAAGAAUGAAUCGCCUGCAAUACUCAUGGACUCGGGGCACAUACAAGGAAGUCAAUUUGGGUUCAAUACAGUUGCACAUAGUAGGAUUAAUUUCCGAAAGAAGACUGUCUGUAGCAUAAUGCCAAUGGGGGAACGUUUGAAGCUCAAAAAGUUAUCCCCAGAGUACAUGACUGGUCUUCGAAGGGAGCCACUUCCAAAUGAGCGGUUCUGGCAGUUAGUUCUGUACAUGCAGGAUGAUGGCUCUGGAUCACCCCUGUGGCAAGGAUUCAUGAGAAGCGAGCUAGAGGCCAAUAUAUCCUCUUCAUAUGACACAAGUGGGGUAAUGCUCUGGGAAUCCGAACUAUAUUCCCAUCGCGGAAAAUACGCCACAAUUCCAAUCAAGGAAUUAAACCGAACAGAUGCUGAUGUAUCUAUCGAUGUCAUCUGGCUCGAUAGCGUUCAGCAUCUGAAACCCAAUGACGACCCAUUGUUCGCUGCGCAUCAAAAGCGGAAAAGGUUUGAUAUGACUUGGAAUGAAGUACCAGUCUACAAUUCGGAUUAUGUUGCAGGAACUGUUGCUUGUGCAAAUCAGUAUCAGUUCUGCCACGCGCGUGGUGGUGGCCAAGAUGACUUUUGCUCGCGUCUCCACGGACUUCCAGGAGAAACCACGAACUACUUGUGGCCUGAGGCCAACGAACUUCAACGGCAAUUUCUCGAGCUGAUUUUAAGAUCAAUUUUAAGAUACGACAUAUCAUGGGGCCCUUUGCGAGACCAAUUACUUGCUGGCGAGCAGAUUGUAAAGGGCUACACGGAAGGACUUCCUAACGACCAGUGGAUAAAGGAGGUUGCAGUAUGGGAAUCUUACGUGUGGGCAGCUCUUCAGAUUACCCUCGCAGAUUAUGCUGUUGGCACGACUUUGCGUGAUCCUGCUGCAGUAAAUUACACAAAUGCGCCGGUGACAGCGGCUGAGAAAGAGCUAUGCGGUUCUAUAUUAAUGAAGAAGUCAGGUGGUUUUGCGAACGUGAACGUCUUUGGUCUGACGUUCAUCGUAACCUCCACGAUCAUUUUCUCCUGCCUCAACAUAUACAUCCUUCGCUUUUUUAUCUUCCUCAGCAAGUCCCGCCGGGCGCUUGCCCCGCGCCUUGACCAGUGGGUCAACGACGGCGUUUUUCAAUUGCAACGCCGUGCUUUUGAAGCCAAGAAUCAGGGGAAAUGGACGAAGAUUGACAGCGAGAUCCCAGUAACAGAAAAGGAAGAAGUCCUGCAGCUACAUGUCUAGGGGUUUCCAGGGUAUUGGGUCAAUGUGGAGAGCGGUAUUGAAUGAGCAAGGACUCGUGUUAGGACGUGGAUCUGGAUGGAGAUAGAAUGUAUGGGGUUUGAUGGAUAUAUGGCACAGUUGAAGGUGGUCUCUUCGCCCGUGACUUGAAUCGCAAGCGAUGACUCGAGGAGUCAGGCUAUGUCAGCUCGAAUGGUGUCGGCGGUCAUCAGUCCAAUUUGACAAUAUAUGCGUACAAGCAUGUCUAUUUAGAAGUUUGACUCAGCCAAAUCUUCUUAGUAGGCAGCAAGUCAAGGCCAAGUAGCAUUGUUUCAAUAGGCCGUCAAUGCUUUAACAGGCCAUGCCGUUCUUUCCACCUGACUCGAAUAUCUCAACUACGGCUGCAAAUUCCAUGUCCUCCCAUCUACCCCGCAAACGCUCCUCGUUCGAUGGAUGCCCAGGUACACAGGCAUGCCACUGGAGCCGCCCGAACUGGGAAAUAAGAAUUGGAUUUGGUCUGAAUACCUAGAGUUGCUAGAGUCGCUAGAGUUGCUCGAAUCGCCAUCACUACCUGCAAUGAUUGUUGAUCCAUUUCAAGUUUGUUUGAUUGGAAGUUACAGUGUUUCCUA